GCUGCGCGGCGGGAGGAAACCGGCCGGGGCUGGGACGCCGGCGCGGCCGCGGGGACUCCCGGGAGCCUCGGGCAGAUCUCAUGGUUUGGAUCUGGAUGUCUUAUGAUGAGUGACACUUCGAUGUCUGAGGUCAUUGGCCGAAGAGUUGAAGUCAAUGGAGAACGAGCAACCGUGCGGUUUUCUGGCGCUAUUCCGCCUGUGGCAGGACUCUGGUUAGGAGUAGAGUGGGACAAUCCUGAGAGAGGAAAACAUGAUGGGAGCCACGAAGGGACUGUGUACUUUACAUGCAGGCACCCAACAGGAGGAUCCUUCAUUCGUCCAAACAAGGCAAAUUUUGGAGUGGACUUUCUCACGGCAGUUAAGAAGCGCUACAUGCUAGAAGAGGAGCCAGAGGAGGAUGAGAGAGAGCAGGUGGUUCGAAUUGGAAGUAAAGCUGUGGAAACAGUUGGUUUUGACUCUGUCUUAAGGCAGCAGAGACAGCUGAGCAGGCGACGGGACGUUUCUCUGAGCAAAUGUGCGGUGAGCAGCGCUGGUGAGAAAGGGAGGAUCGGCGAAGCGUGUCCUAACAUUAGGGAAGUGGAUUUGUCUCAGAACCUGCUGGCGUCCUGGGCUGACGUGGUCCGCAUUGCGGAGGAGCUGGCGCACCUGGAGGUGCUGAACCUCAGUGAAAACAAGCUGCAGUUCCCCUCGGACUCAUUGUCUCUAACCGGAACAUUUUCUACACUGAAGGUUUUAGUCCUGAAUCAAACAGGAAUAACGUGGGCUGAGGUGCUCCGCUGUGCCCGCGAGUGGCCCGUCCUCCAGGAACUGUACCUAGCCUCCAACAGUAUUUGCAUCUCAGAAAGGCCGGCCGACGUACUGCAGACAGUGACGCUGCUAGACCUUUCCUCCAAUCCGAGUAUCGAUGAGAACCAGCUGUUCCUCAUAGCACAUCUGCCCAGAUUAGAACAGUUAAUCCUUUCCAACGUUGGAUUGUCAUCUUUACAUUUUCCGGAUGCUGGGAUUGGGGGCAAAACGUCGAUGUUCCCAGCCUUGCAGUACCUGGUGCUCAAUGACAAUCAGAUAGCCCAGUGGUCGUUUGUCAAUGAGCUCGAGAAGCUGCGGCGCCUGCACACUCUGUCCUGCAUCAGAAACCCCUUGACUCAAGGAGGCAAAGAGGCGCAGACCACACGGCAGUUCAUCAUUGCCAGACUUGGUCAGCUGCAGACCCUGAACAAAUGUCAGAUCCUCCCAGAGGAAAGGCGUGGGGCGGAGCUGGAUUACCUCAAGGCUUUUGGGCAGGCGUGGAAAAAGGCUGGCGGACACCAGGAUGCAGACAAAAACAGACCAGACCAAGAAUUUCUCGCGGCCCAUCCUCGCUACCAGCUCCUCUGUGACAAAUACGGCGCGCCUGAAGAUGGGGAAGUCAGCGUACAACAGCCGUUCAUGCUCAAGAACCAGCUACUCACACUGAAGAUAAAAUAUCCAAGUCAGCUUGAACAGAAAGUUCUGGAGAAACAACUGCCAGACUCCAUGACAAUCCAGAAGGUGAAGGGACUGUUCUCACGGCUUCUCAAAGUUCCUGUAUCAGAAAUUCUGUUGUCCUAUGAGAGUCUCAAAAUGCCGGGCAUCGAAAUCGAACUACCUAAUGACCUACAGUCACUACAGUUUCAUUCCGUGGAAAACGGAGAUUGUCUAUUAGUGCGAUGGUAACGACCAGAGAUGGACUGACAGGCCCACUGGAAAAAACGAAAAACAUUUCUAGGCUUGUAUAUAGAAUAGUAAUAAUAAAGGCUUUGAGUACCGAUGA